CACAAGCCACAUUCCUUGCUUCAUUGCGUAAAUAAUAAUCCAUAUCGGUGCCUGAAUGAGUAGAGAAUCUCCUCCCACUCGGAGGCGGCCGUUAUGAUAGUUAAGCGCUUAUGGGGGCAAGUGGGUCGGUCGGUCGGCUUGUCAGUCGCGACUGCCUAACUAACUACUUUACUUUAUCGCACCUUCCCUUGGACUUGACGCUCAGGAAUUCACACCUCUCACUCUCUACUUAGUCCUAAUCAUCCGCCUCUCCUCCUCUCCCCUUCUCAUGGCACGCUAGACAAUUGCUCGUUCGUUCAUUUUCCUAUUUGUCCUUACGUCCACCGUUUCGUUCAAUCGUUCAGUCGCUCGCUCGCUCACCCUCUCCAUGUGAGUGAAGAUGAGCGAGCUCGCCCUCGAGCGGCGGCGCCUCCGACGACGCGUUGCCGACGACAAGCGCAAGAGGGCCCCCAGAGCGUGCGAUCGCUGCAAGGCUAGGAAGAGUCGCUGUAUCGAGAGCACGCCGGGCACUUGCCGGCGAUGUGAGGCCAAGCACUUGACCUGCAUCUACGACGACAGGCACCAGAGCCCUGGUCAUACGGAUGCGUCGCCUCUCCCAAUGCCCGCGAGGCACUCUGCUGUCCGGAACGGCACGACCCCUGGUGAUGACAACAUCUCCAUCAACAGCCACCAGGCAGACCGCAUCAUGUGGCCUCGCUUCCUCUCUCGCCUGCGCGAGGCCUUCUCCCUCGACGUCCAGAGCACCCCCGAGGCCCACGACAUGAUGGCCAUGCAAGCCUCCAUCUCUGGGCCCCGGAACCUGCUCCCUGCCGAGCUGUCACGUCUCCGACGAGCCAUUGACGCCUUUCCACCGCGCCCCGUCGCAGACUACCUGCUGGCCGUCUGCAUACGCCACGGGACGGAUUCCUUCUUCUACUUUGACCAGGCCCACUUCCUUCAUGAGAUUGACGAGUUCUACAACGACCAGUCCUCCCCUCUGCGUGGCGACAUUGGCUUCAUCGGGCUGGCCCUCGCCGCUUUUGCGCUCGGCAGCCAAUGGACGCCCAUGGAGAGGCCAAGCGAGGGCCCGACGCCGUCGUCGGCGGGUGACCAUGACCCCGGCACCCUCUUCCAUUCUAAUCUCAAGACGCUGGUCCCCGACUUGAUCGAGCGCCCGUGCCUGCGCAGCAUACAGGCCUUUUACGUCAUGGGCGUCUAUCUCAUGCCCACCAGCGCCGUCGGCUCGUCGUACGUCUACAUUGGCCUCGCGCUGCGCAAGGCGUUGGCUUUCGACCUGCACCAGAGCGCCGACGAGGCCAGCAUCGACGAGCGCGAGCGCGAUGUCCGCAACCGUCUCUGGUGGUCCAUCUGGUCGCUCGAGAGGAUCACGGCGCUCAAGCUGAACCGCGCACGGAGCGUCGACAUUGAGCAUGUCACCGUGCCACUACCGACGCCCGUGGCGAGCCUGGACCAGGGGGACAGCCGUAUCUUUGACAAUGUGCAGCACCAGAUUGCCAUGGCCAGGCUCGUCAAGAUUCUCGAUGGGGUCACCGACGUCGGAACUCGUCCAAGCGCAACGGCUGUUCGCCGUCUCGAGGCCAGCCUCAAAGACUGGAAACAUUCGCUGCCCUUGCAGUUCAAGCUGGCCAACAUCAACACCCGCGACUCGAGCUACCGCGCCGUCCUUCAUCUGUACCUCAAUUACUACUACGCCUGGAUCGCCAUGGGCAAGGUCUCGGUGGUCACGGUCGUGCGAGACCAUCUUCGUCAGAACCUGAGCGGCCAAGGCCUUAUGAAUGCACCCGCCCUCGACGCGGCGGUCCGCGACUUGUCGUAUGCCUGCAGCAGAGCUGCGAGCAAGAUCCUGCGCCUCUUUGAGAUGCUAAGCAACACGGGCAACAUUACGCGCUUCUCCUUCACGGACUUUCAGGGCUGCAGCAUCGCGACCAUUGUCACGCUGCUCUCCGGCAUCCAGGGCCGUGACUCUGGGUACGAGGGCCGGGUCACAUUUGGCCUGGACUGCCUGAGGAAGAUGGCGGCCGGCAACAUGACGGCCAAGGUAGGCGUCCGCUUUGUCGAGGCGCUGCAGGCGAUUGCCGACGAGGCAGUCAUGAAGCUACGACACGCCGAGCACGAUCAUCAGCACGAGGUGGGUCUUGACUCUGGGGCGGCCGAGUACACCCGCUGGGCGCAAUGGUUGUCGCGCGCGGAAAACGAGCCGCAGAGCUUGGGCAGCCCGUCAACAAUAGCGACGAACGUUGCGCAGCCGGCCGUCAUGCUCGGUGCGCCGCCGACAACGGACAACAGCAAUCUGCCCAUGACGCCGUCGGUUCGGGAUGCUGCCAUGUGGGAUCACCCCACAAAUGACUCCCUGCUACCGCCGCUGGCACCACCCUCGGCUGUGGCGCCAGCACUGUCGACGUUUACUGCCCGGCCCAUGUUCGAGCACUCCAACCACAAUGGCGGGUACGGAGACGACUUUUUGCCGUCGUCGCUGUAUGGCGAUGAUCAGAAUUUCCUCAUGGGCCUCACGGGGUUGGAUGUCUUGGACUUUUCGGAGCUGACCACGCCAUUGUGACUUUGUGAGGGAAACUCCCGCGUAUCCAUCCUGCGUGCAUAAUUAAGGUAAUGCAUUGCAUUAAUCCUCGGUCGCCAAGUCGCGCUCGGCCACACGCGUCCAGGUACACCGACAGGCGGCGAUGUACGGCUGCUAUUUUUGUGCACACAGCCACAGCCUUUGCACAAUCAUGUCCUCACCUCAGCUGAGUGACGCAAAGUUGCAGCAUACGGAGCAAUUCAUGCCGAUCAGGAGGCCCAGAACUGGCAGAAUACGAGCCUGAGUGAAGCUGGAUGCUUGGCUUGCCUGGCCCUCAUAACAGCGGCACUUGUUCCAUUUUCCUCCUUUGCGUCCACCCUCGUCUUCUUCCUCCUCAUCACCACCAUCGUCAACACACACGCACACGCACACAC